AUGAUCUGGCAAUCGUACCUUUGUUUUGAAGAAGCUAUGCUCGCAGGUGAUGAAAACAACGAGGAGCAGCGGAAAACCGUCGCAUCUUUGUAUAAACGAGCCCUGCGUGUACCCAGCGUCGACAUCGCUGACACCUGGAACAGUUACCUAGAGUUUGCAGGCGAACAGGUAGACGACGAAAUUCGUCAAAUUCAUGAGGCCACUGUUAAUGAAAUGAAGGAGUUCUCAAAAUUCGAACUGAAGCUCGCUGAAACCGACGACAGUCUGGAAGCAUUUUAUGAGUAUCUCAGCUUUGAGAAAGGUGAAUGGUUUCGUCUAUCUAAUGUUAGCAUCUGGGGGCGAGGGUUGUUUUUCUGUAGAUCAAUAGAUCAACGAGAACGUGUUUGCUUCAGUUCCUAUAUUCUUAAUAUACGAGUGUUUGAUUAG